AUGGAAAACACCACCCAAACAUCGAUCGCCUCCGCGCCUCUGACCGCCGAGUCCUCCGCGUCCGCGCAGAACACGUCUGCCAUAUCCUCGCUCCAGUUCGCGCGCUUCGGGCGGGACCACACGCGCGCGUCCUUCUCUUCAUCCGACUUGGUCCUUCGACAAGACCUGCGUGCGCCGGGCUCGCGCUCAGCAACCCAGGCCAGCAGCAGUGGACGCGCGCGCGCUGAUACCGCGGGGACCGGCACUGCGACGCUGCUGAACGCGGGUCGUGAUAGUGGGCCGAGCGAGGAGUCGCCUGUGCACACGCCGUCGACGGAGAUUAGCCAGCCGAUGUUGGUGGAUUUGUCGGAUGUGGAUGUGGAGAUGCAGCGCGUGCGGCCGCGGGAGAAGAGGGGGAGGAGGAUGGGGAUGAGAGUGCGGAGGAUGAAGAUGACGCGCGAGGUGUGGAUGAAGGUCGGGGUUGUCGUGUUGGGUCUGAUCAUUGAUCCCGCAGGUAGCGUGCUUGGGGUUGUGUUCGGCGUCUUCUGUCUCGUCUCUGCGCUAUCAGUCGCAAUUCCGCUCGUGCUCAUGCUGCCCUGGUCACGUCGUAUUCGCGGCGUGCUCCCCCUUAACGCGUACAAGAUGUUGCACUAUACGGCAUCUUUCCUUACUGUCGUGUGCGCCCUCGUGAACGUUGUGUUGGUCGCGUGUCGCCCUCCUGCGAAUGCCUGUCGUUGGGAUCUCGACGGACUGUGGGUGCCUAUGGGUCGGCAAAAUGCCGCGUGCGCGUCUGUCAAGGGAGUGAAGAUGGGCGUCGCUGUCGCCCGACUUGUGCUCACUCUCAUCGUGGUGAUUGCGUAUCUUUUCCUUGCUUAUGCUCUCCUGCGCGUCACUAGCCCCUCCUCACCUAUUCAUGACCUCGAGGAGGGAUAUCAGACGGAGUUCACCGCGCCUAUCGUGACGAGGUCAACCCAUAUACAUGUUGAGAAGAAAUACAGCGACUCAUCUUUCUCGGCUUUCCUGGAGCGGCUCCGCCUCAAGCGCGUCGCACAGCCCACUCCCGCUCCUACUCCUACGGCAUGGUCAGGCUCGACCACCGUCGUCCCCUCCUCAGGCUCCGGCUGCGGGUCAAACUGGCUCGCACCCUGGGACUCCGCACCAGGAUCCUCAGGCGGCCGAACCCCGACCCCACCCACACCCGCGUAUCACCCCGAGCCCAUCUGGGCGGGCCGACGUGUAACGCCCCCGCCUCUCCCUCGGCCUAGCGGCAGCACGGAUGUCUCCGCCGUUCCGAGCCUGAGCUCCCGACCCACCACGCCGCUCAUCCCGCCAGAGUGCGCCGCGGCGGGUGUCAUCCGCCCGCUGUCCAUGAUGCGGUCCAACUCUGGCUCGUCAGCGUCGCAGCUGCGGGCAAAGCGCCUCGCGGGGCGCCAUUCGCGGAGCAGCAGCGCUGACAAGAACGGGACUGUCUCCAGCGGUGGUAGUUCGCGUCUUCAAGUUGAAACACGGCGGAGCAGUGUUAUUACAGAAGACGCUGUCUCAGGACCUCCGAUGCCGAGGCGCCUCACUGAAGACGAGGCGCCCAGCCGGAAGUACGGGCACGACGUGCACCCGUACCGUCUGUCUGCGUUCUCGGACACGUCCGCCUCUAUUUCUGGCGCUGCCGAGUCUCCAUCAGCAUCAGGCGAAGUGCCCCUUUCGCGGGCUAAUAGCUAUGCGUCUUCUUCCCGUGAAGCAUACCUUUCGCGCGGUAACAGCCACACGUCUUCUUCUCGUGAAGCGCCCCUUUUGCGGGCUAAUAGCUAUGCGCCUUCUUCUCGUGAUCACCACCCCGACAAUCACACUCGUAUUGCUCCAUCGAGACCUCAUCGAGGUCCCCGCUUACACCCUUCCUCACCCCCUCGUCUCCCCAUCCCCGCGUCCUUUGCCCUGGCAUCUCCAUCUGCAUCCUGCGGCGCCCCCUAUGUGAACAUCACAUCGGUCUCCGAAAACGAAGACCCCGACGACUUCGGCCUCAUCCCCAUCGCGGGUGGCUUCGUGCGCCCGCUCUCCCCGAUCUACUCCUUCGGCUCGCGUGGCGAUCUUCUCUCCGUUCCAUCAGAUCCAUCGUCGUCCCGCGCGAACACCCUCAGCUCCACGGCGGCGAUCUCCUCGCUCGCGUUUGCGAGCGUCAGCGGCAGUGGCUGUGGCAGCGGGAGUAGGAGUGCGAGUGAUCCGAGCCGGAGCGGGAGAAGCAGGCGGAGCGCGCAGAGCAACAGCACAGCGUACCUCUCCGUGAGCAGCGCGGCUACGGGCGGAACGUUUGGAACGUUCGGCCGGAUGGGGCCUGGGCCUGAUAGCUGCUCCGAUGGCUCGCGUCCUCAGCAGGAGCAGGAACAUGGCAGUGGCGAGAGCGGCAGUGGUGGAUGCAGAGGAAGGGGAAGACGGCGGAUUAGUGAUUUACACGUCGACGAACAGGGUCAGAUCGUUGACUCGGAGGGCAAGCGACGAUCGUUCGUGUCUGGCAAACUGGCAUCGCGCUCGCGGUCUGCCUCCCCCUCGGGCUCACAGGCGGAGUCGCUGUCGGAUGACGCAUCGACGUUCGAAACGCCACCGCCUGGACUUGACGCUGAUCUCCCACCUGAAGACGGGUGCCAUAAUGAAACCUGUAUGACGUUGCACGACACGACUAUCACUCCUGGCGAGUUCGAGCGGACUUAUUCUCCGCAUGACGAAGACACGGGUACCUUUUAUAAUUAUCCUCACGCAACAUAA